AUGUUCACUGACAACAGCAGUCAGACGAAAUACGGUGAUGGCAACUCGGCAGACGAUAAGAACACCUCGGUCUCGGCGUGCUUGACAGAGCGAACAUCACCAGCAUGGCAGCAACCUCCCGACCAACCAUGGUACGAGCUCCGAACCUCACCCGGCAAGGGCAUCGGGGCAUUCGCAACACGGCGGAUCCCAAAGUACACGCGCGUGUUAGUCGAAGCACCCCAGUUCGUCGUCGUGCCUCCAGGGCCAACGCGCUCAUCUUCAACGACAUCACCCUCGUUUGCGCCGCGGACGUCCAGCGGCGGAGACAUUGUGUCCCAGAUCCAAACCAGCUUCGAGAGGUUGUCACCCGCCAACCAAGCAAUCUUCGAGGCAUGCCACGAGCAUCGCUUUCCCGGCGAGCCGGACAGCGGCCGUGCGUUUUAUAUUUUCCGCAGCAACGCGUUCAGCAUCGUGCCUGUCGAUGUGCGAGACACUGGUCGCUGGGGCAUGCACUGGGGCAUGUUCCCUCGCAUGGCGCGGCUCAACCACUCCUGCAGGCCCAAUGUGGCCAAUCUGUGGGUACCGGAGUAUUACUGCGGCGGCGGCAAUGGCGACGGCGACGGAGACACAGCUCGAGGACACCAUGUCGUCUGGGCCACUCGGGACAUCGCACCGGGCGAAGAGCUGCUGAUCAGCUACGUCAGCCUACUGCAAGACACGGAGGCGCGGCAGCGCAGCCUCAUCCAGUUUGGUUUUCGUUGCGACUGCUGUGUCUGCAGCAUGGCGCAGGACGGCAACACGAGCCCAGAUGAUCAGCGCGUGAAGAUUGGUCACCUGCUGCGACGGAUCCAGGACGUUGUCUGCAACAAGGAAGAGCCUAAGGGGGGCGAUAUUGAAGACAUGGCCAUGUUGUUCUGUCUACUGAAAAGCGACGAUGGCGGCCUUGCUGGCUACUUGCCCCGGGCAUACCGCGUGGUUGCAGCACUGGGCCAUCUCGCUAUGGAAAUCAGCAUCACCAGCACCGACAUUUGGCGGAUACAGUCGUGGGAAGCGGAAGAACAAGAGCUUGUUCAUAGUAUACUAUCGACAGACGGUGGUUGA